CCAAUACCCAGGUCGUCCGGGCCUGUCAAUCAAGAAAGUGCACGCUCUACUGCAGGUGCAAAGCUGGGCUCCACGCUAACUGCUGCAGCGAAGCGGAGGAUAAAACAAGCAAUUCACGAUGGCGUCUGCAAAUGCCACAUACGGACAAAAGGAGUCCUCGGACCAGAACUUUGACUACAUGUUUAAAAUCCUCAUCAUUGGCAACAGCAGCGUUGGGAAAACGUCCUUCCUUUUCCGCUAUGCAGACGACUCGUUCACGCCGGCCUUCGUCAGCACAGUUGGCAUCGACUUCAAGGUGAAGACCAUCUACAGGAACGACAAGAGGAUAAAGCUGCAGAUCUGGGACACAGCCGGCCAGGAGCGCUACAGGACCAUCACCACGGCGUAUUACAGAGGGGCCAUGGGCUUCAUCCUCAUGUAUGACAUCACCAAUGAGGAGUCAUUUAACGCUGUGCAAGACUGGUCCACUCAGAUCAAGACUUACUCGUGGGACAAUGCUCAGGUGCUGCUGGUGGGAAAUAAGUGUGAUAUGGAGGAUGAACGUGUGGUGGCCACAGAAAGAGGCCGGCAGCUGUCAGAACAGCUUGGUUUUGAGCACUUUGAAGCGAGCGCCAAAGACAACAUCAACGUGAAGCAGACCUUUGAGAGGCUGGUGGACAUCAUCUGCGAGCGAAUGUCUGAGAGUCUGGACAACAACGAUCCCACCGUCACUGGAGCCAAACAAGGGCCGCAGCUCACCGAGCAGCCACAGAGGUCUCAUCAGGACUGCGCUUGCUAAAUACAUUUCGUACACGCAUACGCACACAUACAUACAUAUACACUACAUCUGUUGUCGUGAUAUCCAUACAACUUUUUACAUUCUUAUUGUCAGUUGAUGUCAUGUAAACCUGCACAGAUUGAUAUCGGAAACACACACACAGGAGCUGACUGCCUGUGAGAUUAUCCAACCCAUCAUCCUCCUAUCCUCAUAAUACUCCCAAAGACGACCUGUUUUCAGUCCAUAUCACCAAGAAAUGUCAUCCUCACUUGUGCAGCAAACACUACAUAGUGCUACUUUAGUCACAGGCUGAGCGCCCUUUAACAUGCAAGUAUUGCCAUGUUGUUUUUCUGUCAUGUACGGUACAUGUACGUCCAUAUGCACCGUGCUGUAUUUGAACACGCUUCUAAAGAGGCAGCAUUCUAUCAACCCUUAUUGUUUGCUCAUGAGGCCACCGCCCCAGAGCCUACAAUGGACAUAAUGAGUACACUACUAUAGUUUAUCUUUAAUCCCACUGAAAAUGCUUGCUGUUGUUGAGCAUAGUUUAUUUCAAACUUGAUUGGAUUUGGUCAUGUGACAUCAUUGAUCCAUCCAUAAUUACUAAGCUUUAUGCCCAACAGGGUAGUUUGGAAGAAUAUCAGAUUGUUAGAUUUAUGUUUUGCGCCUUCCUAGCUUUUUAACUUUUUUUUUUUUUUAAUCUGCGUUUACCAGAGCCUGCAGUGGACAGGUGACAGUUUGGCUUUUUUAUAUUUUAAGCAUUAUUUUUCAAGAAGGGAUAAGCAAGAGAUAAGUGUAUAAAUGUUUAAAAACAAAAAAAAGUCAAUAGCUCUACGUUUUAAAAUACAUAGAAAUAUGGAAGUAACUUAUUAUACAUAAUAAAAGAUGUUUCUAAUGUUGGAUUCCUUGCUAUGCUUUAGGGUGCAUGUUGUUGGUGUUGACUGGAUAGUUACUUGUUCUCAAAUGCCAUCACACUGAAUCUGACCUCAAGUUGGACAUGUGUGAAGGUACAAAGUUUAUUGUGCGUCUCCUUAACUGCGUACAACAUAAACACAUGUGAUCCACCACUGACCUGUCAGCACCAUCAACUUGAACACGGUCGAUUUUUGGAACGGAACAUCAUGUUUGACGCAUGUUUAAUGUUGAAUCUGCAAUUUAGUUUUGUAUGCCCGUGUGUGCAGUGCAGACCCUCAAAGUCGUGUGUCCACCGAUGUGCUGAGGCGUGCGACAAAAUGUUGACACUUAUUUUAUAUGAUUUCUAACUUAUUUAUUUGACAUGUCUCAUUCUUCCUACUAUGCUUUCUAAAGAGAGUUUCUCCCAGCUUUUUGUUUUUUAACACGUUGGUGUUUACAAGCUUGAUAUACAUCCUGGGGAGGAGAGUUCAAACAUUCCAGUCAUUGGUGGGCAGCUUGUUUGUCUUUUCAUAUCAGUUAUGUAACUUUUAAGACAUGCCAGUGUAAAAGCAGACUGUUCUCACAGAGCAAUAAGAGGUUCUUUUUAUUUCCUCUGCACCCAAAUAUCAGCAAAACGACGCUGCUGAUGCAUUCCACACAUGUCCUUUAUUAGGCGGCUGUGUGUAAUGACGCCUCUAAUUGUUCUGUCCACAGAGCCAAAUAUCGAGCUAAAGAAUAUACAGUAUAUGUUUGUCUUGCACUGACAUGACCUGUCAGGUGCUGGUUGCAGCUCAUUGGAAAAGACACAAACAAACUACGCUAAAAAUCAAUGUUUCACUUUUGAACUGUGCGUGUUACUAUUAUUUAUUGUGUUUUGCUGUGGCUGUAGACGUGCAGCUGACUCAAGAGCACCGUCCCUCCCCCAGUCAUAACUCUUGUAAAUAGCCUUUUUCUGCCCGUCUGGUAUUAGUUGUGUGAAUCGUGCUGUAAUAACUGUAAUGCCAGGUUUGCUUAAAUGAGGGAUCAAUAAAUAAAUCACAGCAGCUGGA